AUGGCCGAGAUUCAGAUAGAGCCUCCUACGCCAACGUUUCAUCACCCAGCACAGGCCGAUGUUGACCACUUCGCAAGAUCCGAUGCUAAUGGCGGUGACACUCCGCGCUUGACACCACGCAAUCGCUCACCUCAGCCAGCUAUGAACGCAGCUUCAGAGGCCUCAAGACUGGACUGGUACGACGACGAAUAUCACGACGACUUCGAAUGGAUCAAGCUGCCCAAGCAGCGCGACUUCGAUGUCUUCCGUGUCCCUCACCACACGCCAGAGAAACGCAACACCGCAAAUGUGCCACUAAUCGCAAAACGAUACGAUGGCACGGAUGUCGUCCUCUGGGCGAAGAUGGAUACAGGCGCCGAUGCCAACAUCAUCAACGCGAGCACACUUGUUGCUCUCCUCGGCCACAAGGCAAAGAUUCUCCUACGCCCUCUCACUAUACAGAACGAAGAGUUCCAUAUACUCGGCGACAAUCGAAUCGAAGUGACGCAGUACGUUAACCUCUCCUUCCAAGCUGGCCGCUCGAAGCGACAAUUUGAUAAGGUGCGAUUCGAGGUCCUCGCAGACCAGCCCGAGAAGUCGGCCAAGGACGGAGUGCCGAACGUUAUCCUGGGACUGAAGACGCUGCAAGAGCACUCGAUGAUUAUGGUGGAUCUGGACUAUCACGUUGAAGCAGAGCCCGGAUUGGAGGUUGUUGCGGAAAGGGCGGAGCAUGAGGCUGCCACUAUCAGGACCAUUGGACCGAUCAAGAAGUAUCCGCAAACACCAGGCGUUCAAAGCAAUGUGAGGAAGUGA